UUAAAGCGAUAGUUCGGAUUUUUUUACAUGAAGUUGGAUGACAUCCCCAUCCGCAUUGUAGUCCAUUAGCAGCGAAAUUAACGUAAUCUACUCCAUAGCUUCUCUGUUUGCAUUAGUAGUUUCUAUGCAAAUAGUAGUCUCUAACUAUUGUUUAUCGUUUCUGUCAAUGAACCUCUCAAUUCUAUGCGUGAAUUUAAAAAAUGUCGUUAAAAGACACUUUUCCGGUCGAGUCUGUUUUCCCACGAGUCAAAAUGACUUUACUAAACUGCUUCUAGACACGGAACAGUUUAAAUGUAAAGAGAAUGCGCUAUUAAUUUAAUUUCUACACUGGAACAUCUUUAUGUGGAGGUUGCAUGUUCUCCCUGUCCUUGUGGGUUAAAUUAUUUAUGCGUCAAUUUACAAUAAAUUGGAGUGAGGUUUUAAGGUUAUCUAGCCUCACUGUCCUGAUUACAUAAAAAUAUAAGGUAUGUCAUGAAACUAAAGCUUUCCGUGUUUAGACGGGAGAUUUUCAUAAGUUUACGUGUUUAGCGUACUUUAGUAAAAAGUGUGCAUGCCUAUCAUAUAUCCAGUACAACACAAGUGGCUCCCUGCUGUUUUUAUUUUGACUCUCAUAGCGAAUCGUGAGCUAAUGAGAUCACGACAACUACACUAACAUGAGAAAAUUGGCAUUGUGAUCCUUCUGAAUGCACAAACGUGGAUUCAAGAUGAUGCAAGUACCUAAUACAGUGGUCGUCAUUGUAUGUGCUGUACGUAGUGAAUACUGUUACGACAGUGGAUGGUGACAUGUGGUGGACAAAUGGUGUAAUUGCAUUUAGACGUCGUCUGCGUCAGCUUGUGACUUAAACCUUAAAACGGAGACAUCAACACGUAAGGCCUUUGAAUAGUAGACGUGACACGUUGAUGUAAUUUUUGCCUUCAUUCGUGUUUGGCUUUGAGUAAAGCUGUUGUCACUUUUUCACCGCAUUCGUGAGAGAGUUGUAGUUCCCUCCGAUGCUUAGCCGUGCGAGCUGGGACUGAAAUGUGCUCCAGGAAGCCGUCCAUCUGGCAACAAGGCCGCAUGGCAACAGUUGCAAGGAAGUGACGUCAGCUAAAUCCGGGGGGAAGCCAUUAGCCAGUUGCCUUGUUUUUGAAUCGAUAACGCGGUGUCACCUGGACUCGUCAUGUUUAACCCCAGUGACUUAGAGGGUGACGUCGACCACUCCUUCUUUGACAGUGACCCUGACGACGACAGACCUGGAGGCAGACAGGUCGUUCGAAGCGAGGAAAAUGUGGCGGAAGAGUUGCCUGCUCGAUCGCCCGGCAGCGCGUUUAUGGCAUUGCUGGGUAGAGAGGAGGGAGAAGGCAGUGCCAGCAGCACUGACGACUCUCGAGAACUACGUCUACGCCAUCCGACGUCAUCGGAAGAAAUCAGCGAUCAGUCCAUCAAGAAAGGGAGACGAGUCAAACGCUCGAAAGGUUCCUCUUCCACCUCAAGCCACUACAGCUCGAUGGGAGGCACGAGGGGGAGAGGUCGGGAGCUGUCAGACAUCGAGCCCAGCAGGUCGUCGGAUAUGGGGCUGUCUUUGGCAGAAGAGUCGGACUACACGCUGGGAGACGAGGUGAGUCUUACCUCCUCAUCUUACUCCCACCUCAGGUCUGUGGAGGCUGACGAGAGCAGCGCCAAGGAACAGACGCUGAGGGAGAGUGCGCCGCUAAGUGGUCACAGCGGCUUCCUUCAUCCAGAUGGGACCCAUGCGGAUGAGUACUCUCAGACAGAGUCCUUUGUUCCUGAAAGUCUUCUCGAGGAAAAUGUAGUUUAUCACUGGCGAGGACGACCAAGCAGGAAGAACUACACCUUCAACAACAAUGAAGUUCGACGUAUCGAUCACGAGAAUCAGCGACUCCUUCGUGUGCUGUCACGGAUUUCUCUAGCGCCGGGGGCGUCCGUGGGUCAGUUCACCCGAAUUGCAAAGGCGGGUCCACCUCACAUCCCUCACAGUGCUGUCAAUAGGCUACGGGAGCAGAAACGCAUCGAUAAGGACAACCAAGCUCUCCUGAAGAGACUGGAGUAUGUCAAGUCUACACCUAUGCUCAAGCGUUCAAACCAGCUGACUGACUACCAGCGUCAAGCCAGAUAUCAGGAUACACCAUGCCCUGUGUGUGACAACUCUAACCUGGCUGCAUCCAGCGUCGGCCAGAGUUCCAUGCGGGCCAGUACAUCCCAGCUAGGAACACGGGCAACCUCAGGCAGCUCCAAUGCAACCAGGUCCAAAAUGCACCCCUCAGCACGCUCGCCUUUUUGUUGUUAGUCAGCUUAUGUGCAGGUUGUGUCUUUACUGUAACUAAUAAAUGUGUUUGUUUUGCCAACUGACUUUUUCCUUUUUUUUUUUACAUUUUUGAUCAUGUAGGUCAUGUACACCUGAAUGUGUGUGUGUGUGAUACAUUUUGUUUUUCAUGCUAAAAAAAUUACUUUAAUGUAAAAACAAAUACACUACGCAUUUUGUUUUUAAAAAAAUCAUAAAGGGCACCGUAAUUUACUUGAAAUAUGGUCUUUCUAUGUUGAUAUAUGUUAUGGUGUAUGUUUAUACUUAAUUGGUCAUUGGGUGACACAAGGUUUUUUGUUGUUUUUUAAAAGAGGGCCCAAUUCAAUGGAAGAUACAUGUUUUCACCCCUACUACAUUUAAAUAAGGUGUUCCUGUAACAAUCAUUUUCUGUGCAGCUUGUCCUCACUGGGGUCGCGGGGGUCUGCUGGAGCCUAUCCCAGCUGACUUCAGGCGAGAGGCUGGGUACACCCUGGAAAGGUCGCCAGCCAAUCGCAGGGCACAUACAACCAGUCACACUGACAUUCAUAACUAUGGACAAUUUAGAGUCGCCAGUUAAAGUGGGAGGAAACCGGCGAACCCAGAGAAAAAAAGUCAGUCAUGCACGGGGAGGACAUGCAAACAACAGAUUCAAACUCAGAUCUCCUGACUGUGGCCAACACUUGGCCACUGUGCGGCGAACCUAAUGUGUUUUUGGAAUGUGGGAGGAAGCGGAAGUACCCAGAGAAAAGUCUCGCACACACGUGGAGGACAUGCAAACUCCACACAGAUGUCCAACGCAGAUAAGAACCAAGAUCUUCCAGAUCUCCUGCCUGUGGCUAACAUGCUAACCACUUCCUGUAACAUAGUUUUAGUUCAUAUUAUGCAAAAUUAAACAGUAAUGUCAAAAAUAACUAUAAUCAAAUUUAGUUUUUGUAAUUUCAUUGAAAUAAGGUGUAAUAGCUUACUGUUUCUUUCGAUGCAAAAUAAAUACCUAUUAGAAAAUGCACUUAACUGGUCACGGGGGGCACAAAAAUAAAGACUGGACAUUUAAAUAAAGUACGGUAAUAGAUUUAAAUCUAAAACUGUGUCAAAAAAGCUUUAAAAGUAAAAAAAAAAAUGGUUCCUGAUCCCAAAAUCUCUUACCCAUAAAUGGAGUACUUUUAGAAUUUAACGGGGAUGUCAUUUUAGAAAUACUUUUUCCACAAAGUCCAUCUGAUAUUAGGUUGGCAGCAUAAGAUGAGCGUGAGGAACAGAAUAAAUCUUUAUUCCUAUAAUAGUGAGGCUGUGUACAGAGUAAGAGUGGUCACAUGACACAACACAUUGGACACUUUGUAUGGUACACUUGCACAAUCUAAUGAGAUGAAAUGUAUAUUUGUGUAGGUGUACCUCAUGUUGUGACUGUUGAGUGUAUAUACAGAGAUUUAUUUGAGGCAUAUUCCGUCCGCCUGGCUGCAACACGAUACAAGAAUUAAGACUGGAUUAUGAAGGGUUUCCAUGGAGACUUCUAGUGGCCUAUGUGUACUUUUUGAUCUCGUCGUACAACACCAGCACGAAGGCGCCGCCCAUGCCUCUGAUCACGUUGGACCAGGCGCCCUUGAAGAAGGCCUUUGAUCCCUCAUCCUUGAGGAUCUUCCUCCAGCAGUCGAUUGUGCCCUUGUACAUGAUAUCAGCUGGAAGACAACAGGCAUUGGUGUAAGCUGCUGCAGCUGUAGCGGCAUGACGUCACAUGAUUUGCGGCACUCACCUCCUUUGCGACCGGACUGCAUCAUCAUGCGACGUCUGACUGUGUCGAAGGGGUAUGACACCAGGCCGGCCGCGGCGGUCACUGUCUGGGCGAUCAUCCAGCUGACCACGAUGUGCGUGUUUUUGGGAUCUGGGAGCAUUCCUGUGGGUUGGGCAAAAUAAUCCAUUAGCAGCUGCUUGGGUCUUGAAGCAAUUAUGGUCAAAUGGAGGCCAUGACUAGCUGCAAACAAAGGCUCCCUUGAUUCACCCCCAACCAGUUUUGUUGUGUACUGAUUAAUUUUUCAGUAAAUUUAGUCAGAUGCCAAUUUGUAUUUAUGAUUGAACCUUUAAGAAAUAUUUUAUUUUUAGGUUGCAUUGGUGUAAAAAUGCACUGCACCAUACUGAGCUGUCAAAUAAUAUAAUUUAAAAAAUGCUUUAAAAUACCAUAGUGACCCACAUAUAAGACAAUCCUGAAUUCAAGACAGCCUCUCUUUCAUGACCUUUUUGAUGAUUUUGCAAGGACCGAUGUAAUCUUUAACAUGUUUUUGUCGAAGCAACUGUCAGUUCUAAUGAAAAAGGAUUUCAUAUUUCUUUGCAGUUUGACUCUGACUCGCUUGGGGAGAAGUCAUUUUGCGCCAUCUGCUGGUUUAAAUAAAUGAAUCUCUAGACCCUGAAUGUAAGACCACCUUUUUCAGACUUUUUUUCUUUAAAAAAAACCUCAACAACUUUCUUAUAUUUGGGUCAACACAUCAAGUUAUGAAUAUAAUGUUUUAAAACAUGAAAACCAAGGCAAUUUUUCCCAUAGGAAAUAAUGUGAAUCCAAUUAAUCCGUUCCAGAGGACAGAAAAUCAUGAACAAAAAAUAAAUGUCAUAGCAAAUAUAAAUGAAGAAUGUAUGGAACUUAUUGUUAAUGCAGACAUC